GUAUUGUGCUGUGCUUUGCUCAUGACACCACGGUGGCACGACAUAACAAAACCAUUUAGUUCUUCCGGUUCUUCCUUCAUGUGGUUUUGUUACUCAUGUAAAUUCCUUUCUCAAUUUUUUUCGUGAACGAGACCGGAAAGUUGUUUGAAAUGGUUAUCUUAGAUCUUAAUAAUGAACCUCUUCUUAUUCAAGCAAUUUUCAGAGGAGAUUUCAACGAAAUAAAAAAUCUAUUGAAGGAAAACGUUGACAUCAAUUAUCAAGAUGAAGAAAAACGCAGUCCGUUGCAUGCUGCUGCAUUUAAAGGUGAUGCCAACAUCACAGACUUAUUAAUACAAAAGGGAGCAAGAAUAAAUAUCAAAGAUUCCAAGUGGCUUACACCUUUACAUAGAGCUUGUAAAUCAGGAAAUGAGGAUGCAGUUAAUGUUUUGCUGAAGUAUAAUGCUGAUACCAAUGCUCGUGAUAAAAACUGGCAGACUCCUUUACAUAUGGCCAGCUGCAAUAAUGCUUACAAAUGUGCUGAAGCCCUACUCGCUUCAUCUCCUACUGUAAAUGUUUCCGACAGAACAGGUCGUACAGCACUGCAUCAUGCUUCUUUUAAUGGUCACUGUGAUUUGGUAGAACUUUUAAUUGAGCAUGGUGCCUCGGUGAAUGCGUUCGACAAAAGAGAUAGACGCGCACUACAUUGGGCAUCUUACAUGGGUCAUGAGUCCGUCGUGAAAAUCUUACUGCAGAAUGGAGCUGAAGUAAAUAUACGAGAUAAAGACUUGUAUUCGCCAUUGCACGCGGCUGCUGCUAGUGGACAAGUUUUUGUGGUGCAACAACUCCUAGAAGCGGGGGCCGAUUGUAAUGCCAGUAAUUCAUUCGGUAACACUCCGCUUCAUACAGCUUGUCUUAACGGACAUGAAUUGGUCUGUCAGGAUCUCAUAGCAUCAGGAACUUCUGUCAGUGCUGUAAAUUUAGCAGGGCAAACUCCAAUUCAUGUUUCUGCUGCUGCGACUCAUGGAGAACGUUGCUUGGGCCUUCUCAUAGAACGAGAUGCGAAUAUAAAUUUUCAAGCUAAAGACGGGCGCACCCCUUUACACAUGACCGCAAUUCACGGCCGAUUUAUGAGAGCACAAAUGCUUUUGGAUCGAGGUGCGCUAGUUGAUAUCGGGGACAAAGAAGGUUGCACUGCCCUACACAUUGCAGCUGCACAUGGGCACGAACUAUUGAUUGGCGUGCUUCUCAACGUCGGGGCUGAUCCUAGCCGAAAAGGUCGUAGUGGCAUGACUCCAAUACACUUAGCAGCCCUCAGCGGUUAUGUAGAAUGUUGUCGAAAGCUCCUUCAAGUCCGUGGUGAAUUAGAUGCUCAAGAUGAUUGCGGAAGAACAUGCCUUCAUCUGUGUGCUUUUAAAGGAAACGCUGAAUGCCUUGAUUUACUUAUUAGUAGUGGAGCUGAUUUUAAUUUGAUCGACUCCUUUGGUCGGAUUCCAUUGCAUUAUGCUGCAAGUCAAGCUCAUUUCCAAUGCGUCUAUACUUUAGUCAGUGUGGGGUCCAGUGUAAAUUUAACAGAUUCAACCGGUGCAACUGCCCUCCAUUACGCCGCUGCUAUGGACACCGACGGCAAGUGUGUAGAAUAUUUACUGAAACGCAAAGCAGACGUCUCCGCUUUGGACAAGCAAGGCUAUUCGGUACUUCACUACGCUGCGGCAGGUGGACAGCAUGGAGCCUUACAUGUGCUGUUGAAACACUUUGUGAUACCCAAUAGCAACGGUCACACCGAUGAAUCAAUGAACGUCUCCCCCCUUCAUUUAGCCGCUUAUAAAGGUCACAAAGGAGCCGUAACGUCUCUGGCAGCCAUACAUCCCGAUGUAAAUAUCACUGAUUCCAGCGGACGGACUGCACUGGAUCUCUCUGCUCAAUUUGGCCACAUCGAAUGUAUAAAUGCAUUAAUUGAACACGGUGCUCAACCCGUUGCCCAGCCGAAAACUCUGUUAACUGCAGUUCACAGAGCAGCAGCCAAGGGACAUUCCUUGUGCCUCAAACAAUUGCUACACACGCAUAUGCAACUUGUGGAUGUGCGCGAUUCCCAAAAGCGAACGCCAUUAAUGCUCGCCGUACAAAACGACAACGAAGGACGAAAAGCGUGUACCGACAUCCUGCUGAGUUACACUUCUCAAGUGGAUCUUUUUGAUAACAACGGUCGAACGGCUUUACACUACGCUUCAUUUCGAGGAUUCGAAGAUUGUGUCUCCUCGUUAUUAGAUGCUAAAGCCUCGCCGUAUCAAAAGGAUUUUCUAGGGAAAACUCCGUUUCACCUAGCGGCAGCCAUGGGACAUCUUUAUGUGCUCAAACAGCUUAUACAACAAGGCGACGAUUCUUUAGUUGAUGUGAAACUACUAGACCAUCAAAGCUAUACGCCACUUCAUUGGGCAGCUUAUAAGGGCCGUGAAAAUUGUGUUGAAGUGCUCCUAGGACUUGAUUCAGGAUCGACAUCACUUGGAAAUCAAUUCACGCCUCUUCACUGUGCUGUCUCCCAAGGAAACGAGUUAUGCGCUGCCGUGUUGUUGGAUCACUUGGGACCAUCAGCUGUUCAUGCCAAGGACGGAAUAGGACAAACGGCCGUGCAUGUGGCUUCGUCUUGUGGAUCUGCUGACAUGCUUCUGCUACUCCUCAACUACGGACCUGAUUUGAAUGGGCAAGAUAUUCACCAAAGAACCCCCACGAUGCUAGCCGCCAAGGGCCAUAUAACUGUCUUAGAAUUACUACUUACCCAGUGUGUCGACCUCUCCAAGCGUGAUCGAAAUGGCAAUACAGCUUUACAUUAUGCCUGCCUGGCUUCUGCCGAGUCUGCGGCUCUGAUGCUCCUAGAAAGAAUUGAACCCGAAUUGAUCGACUCUCCAAAUGCGCAUCUGCGAACACCGUUGCAUAUUGCUGCCAGGAACGGAUUGGUGGUCGUCACCCAAACGUUGCUUGAAAAGGGAGCCUCGCUCACGGUAAUUGAUGUGAACGGAUACAACCCCGCUUUGUCUUGCGCACCGAAUGCCGCAGUAGCUGAUUGUCUUUCGAUGAUCAUUCACAUUAUGAUCGAUUCCGUAACCAAUAAUGGAAGGAGAUCCGAUUCUCUUAUUUUGUCCAACCUAGGUAAUGCUAGAAAGUCACGAGAUUCUAACGCUGAGGCAGCAGCUCGCAGAGUCUCUCGCGGAGAAGACGACGACGACGAUCCAGAAUCUUAUUCAAUCCGUAGUUCAGAUUCCGAAUUUUAUUGAUUUGUCAUUCGAGAGCGCACAUCUGUCUUUCUUCAAUGUCAUGUUGAACUGAAAUGAACGGUUCAUUUAUCCAUUGUGAUGCUGAAUUCCUUCCAUUCGCGUACUGUUUCAUUUUGUUCACUCUCCAAAUUGGUCCUUCAAACACAUUUGUGUGUGAUUAUCGAGUACAUUUGUGAUUAAUAUUGCGAGUACAUUUUUCAAAUUUUGUCUCAUUUGUUUUAACGAGUUGUAGGCUUGAUUCGUCGGCUACUUUGAUUGGUAAUCGGCAAUCAGGCUCGUUAAGUAUAUAUUAUGUAAGAAUACAUUUUGAACAGA